AUGUUCUGGCAAUCAAAUAAUUUUAACAUAAAAGAAAGAUUGUCACAUCUUAUGAAAUCUGGACAAAUGACAGACGUAACUUUAAUUGUUGGCAAAGAAAAAGAAUAUUUUCCGACCCACUCUCUGUUUCUCUGUAUGCACAGCGAGGUGUUUUAUGCAAUGUUCUAUGGUCCAUUGGCAGAGAAGAGAAAAGAUGUUGCCUUGCCUGAUGAUGAUGUUAAAGCAUUUCGCGUUUUCAUAAAUUAUAUAUAUACAGAUGAAGCGGCAUUACAAUCAGUAGAUGAAGCCAUUCGUUCGUUAUAUUUUUCAGAAAAAUACUUGAUAACGCGUAUGAAGGACCAAUGUAUGUCGUAUAUUACAAAUAAAAUAUCGGUAAAUACGGUUCUUGAAAUAUACGAAGAACUAUCUUUUCUUCAGCAAAGUGAAUUAAUUUCAAAAUGCUGGAAUUGCAUAAUCACAUACACGUCACAAAUUAUUAAACAAGAGUACUUUAAACAUGUGAAAUAUGAAACUAUUUUGAAGAUUGUAUCCGAAGAUUGUUUAGCGUUGAAAUCGGAAGUAGAUAUGUAUAACGCCGUCAUAAAGUGGGGUAAAGAAAGAUUCCAAGAUCAAUCUCCUGAGGAUCUUCGAAAACAAUUAGAGCCUUUGUUGGGUCAGAUCAGAUUUUUACGCAUGACCUCUGCAGAGUUUGCGGAAUCUCCGUGCCAAGAUGGCAUCCUUACUAAGGAUGAACAGGUUGACAUACUUAGAGAAAUUGCAACCAAAAAGAAUUAUGGAAGUAACAAUAUACAUGAUCAAUGGAGAAAGCAAAGAGAGAAAACUAAUUGCCGCAAUUCUUGUUUCUAAAAU